GAUACAAUGCCCUCCAUGUUUAGGGGAAGUUGAGUGUUCAACUGACAACAGCAACAUGUGACGUAGCGAAGACAUGUAGGUGAUCAAUGGAUUUUUUACUUAAUUGACGCGACCGCUUGGAAAGCGAAGGCUCGCUGAAACGGAGUUUGACCUGUGCAGUUUUUUGGGUGAAUGGUUCGUGUAACACCUAACUCUAAAGCGGGCUGCUUUGGGUAAAGCGUGAAUCGGAAUUAGUUUCUACCGGGUUGUUUUUUGGACUCUUUUUGUAAAAUGAAGAACCCGUUGGACAGACGCUUUUAGGACUGUUCUUCGGCGAAUACUGGCGAGAGUCAGGCAUCGUCCGUUAGACAAGUACCAGAAUGAUAAAGCCCAAAGUGGGUCGGAUGUUUCUGGCGACAUGCGUCGGAUCGUUUUUCAUUCUUAUAUUAUACUUCCAGAACAUGUCAAGAUCAGCUUCUGAACAGAUUUCAGGCUGGAACAGUUUCUCAGUUAAAUCAGGAAGAAGUCCUUUGCAGACGCUACAAGAAAAUGACCAGCUGGAGCAGUCUGCAGUGCAGGCCACUCUGCAGGGUCGAAGGCAACUUCUGGAGGAAACCUGUCGCACCCACACCCGCAAAAGACGCGUACUUGGCCCAGAGGACCUCCGCCAUCUCAUAGUGGACGAUAAACACAAGUUAUUGUAUUGCUACGUCCCCAAAGUGGCAUGUACAAACUGGAAGCGUGUGUUGAUGGUGCUAACAGGAAAUGGGCGCUAUCGCGAACCACUGGCUAUUCCAGCCAAUGAGGCUCACGUUGCAGGCAACCUGCGUUCGCUCUCAGAGUACACCACGGCUGAGAUCAACAAGCGCCUACGUACAUAUCUAAAGUUCCUCUUUGUGCGUGAACCCUUCGAAAGACUUGUCUCGGCAUAUCGCAACAAGUUUACCCGUAGCUACAACACGGCCUUCCAUAAACGCUACGGGACCAAAAUCAUCCGGAGGCAUCGUGCGGACCCCCAGGCCGAAGCACUGAAAAAAGGCAACGAUGUUUCCUUCGAGGAAUUUGUGUAUUACUUAGUAGACCCCCAGACUCAGAGAGAGGAACCGUUCAAUGAGCACUGGGAAAGGGUUCACUCCCUUUGCCACCCUUGCUUGAUCCAUUACGACGUGGUGGGCAAGUACGAGACUCUUGCACAAGAUUCGCGCUACAUCCUGAAGUUAGCAGGUGCCGAUGGAGAGGUCAAAUUUCCGGCAACGUCCAAAAGCACCAGGACCACUGGUCACAUGGCCGCCAAGUUCUUCGACAACAUCAGUCCGUUUUACCAAAAGAAACUCUUCAACCUUUACCGAAUGGACUUCUUGCUUUUUAACUACUCUGUGCCGGCAUACUUAAAGUUGAAAUGAGGGUUUCAGCAAGUUUCAACUGAUCCAUAACUUGCGGGCACUGAUGCUAAAACUUUUGCUCUUGUGCCUGGAUUCGAGUGAAUUACCUGAGGGGGAAGCUGUAGAAGAUGCGCCUUGGAUGUGGCGUCGCCCUCACUCCCUUGAGGCGAAAUUCAGCUUUGUGAACAGAUUAGUGUUGGCUGGGGUGUUUCAUCCCAUCCCGAAAGUUCAUAAAAUACUGUCUGUAAUUCCUUUGGCUUUGGUAACUUGUGACCGAGCUCCAAGUAUGUGCCUUUGUCCUUCUGAAUGGUGAUAAGUGAAGCGGGAUUCUUCAUCAACAGACAAAUGCUAUGAAUGUUUCAUCUCCUUUAAUCUUCACCACCCAAGAGGAUAUUUAUGGUAUUGUUUACGUAGCAUAUUUAUUGUGGAUUUUGCUCUUGAACUGAAACCAACAAAGCCUUGAUGUUAAUCUCGAAGAGAUUCCUUGAAGCUGAUCUCAAAGCCUCCUUUUUAACAUUCCCUGGAUACAAUUUCAGACCUUAACCUUAUGCACAAAGGUAGUUUCCAAGUCACAAACUGUCAUCUGUUUCAAGCAGAUAGAUAGUAACAUAUUAGAAGGAGACCAGAGUAAGGGAUGAAUUUAGACUUUUCCUGCAUUGACAAACUUGACAAGGCUGUCUACCUUGGCCAGUUUGGCUACUCUGGAAAGAAAUGGUGUUCUCAGAGUCACCCCUUUAUUUAGCAUGCACCGGGCUGGGUAAACAGUGCAUAACUGUGGUUGGGGAAAGGUAGACGCUCAUCAGUGCGACUCUUGUUAAGUUGUGGAUGCAGGGCAUUGCGGGUCAAACAUCAGCAUGAUCCUGGGAGGAAACACUCAACUUAUGAAUUUAUAAUAAGGGUUAAAGUGCAAUAAAGGUUUUUAAAAAGGUACCAGUAUGUGUUUAGAGGAUUAUCUAUCCCUUAGAACUCUUAAAGUGAGAGAAAAUCAAUCCCUGACAGUACAGUUUAGCGACUUUUGGGUCAUUAGCACUUGGUUGAAAUGACCCCGAAUAAUUUUGGUAUUUCUUCUUAUCGGUGAAAAAGGCUAAUGACUCAUUUUUAUGGUUGAAAUGAUGAUGAAAUCUUUAGAGAAAGGGUGAGAAGAAGGAGUCGGACUAAUAUCUGGCUGUCAGGCAGACAGGUGCACAGUGGGUACCUUGUGUGCCACAUUGCAUAACGAACCUUCCCAAAUUGCUCUUGGUAAUGUUUUGUUGGAAAAUAUUUUCUAUCUAGCUAGUUAAAAGAGUCUAUUUCAGUUUUGAGCUGGAAUAUUACAGACUUUUGUAAGGACAAGGGAGUCAUCUAUAAGUCUAGGUUUAUAAUUCAUUUCAAAGAGCAAUAUAUUUAAUCAUUUGGAGAGGAACGUCAUGUCUUGAUUUGAAAGUUACAGGAGUCCCAGCGCUUUUGUCCUGCCAUAAUGUCAUUAUUAUGAUGUCAAAUUAUGAAUGUGUUUGAGGAUUCAUAUGAAAAAUGUGAUUGUGGGACAGCCUUUAACUGUAUGAGCUGAGCUGUUGAGAGUGUAGCAACAGUAUGUGCCAUUUGUGAUGUAACUAACAGUUUGCACCUGUUUUGAAAGCUUGUGGGCAUACAUGUGCUGCAAAACUGUGAAUGUCAAGUGUGCACUAGACAGUAAGGAAUUUUGCUUUGAAGAGGUAAAUAAACUUGUACAUUUUCUUUUCAGUGGA